CGGCCUCUUUCAUCGCCCCAGCCCGUUCACAAGAACAUCCUUCCUCUUCCUCAAGCCAGCCGUUUCCUUCCCGGCGAGCAAAAUGGUCUCCGCCGAUGCAGCUCGCAACAUCGUCGGCAUCAUCGGCAAUGUCAUCUCCUUCGGGCUCUUCCUCUCCCCCACGCCGACGUUCUGGCGGAUCUGCAAGGCCAAGGACGUGGAGGAAUUCAAGCCGGACCCCUACCUGGCGACGCUGCUCAACUGCAUGCUCUGGGUCUUCUACGGACUCCCCAUCGUCCACCCCAACAGCAUCCUCGUCGUCACCAUAAACGGCAUCGGGCUCGUCAUCGAGGGCAUCUACCUCAUCAUCUUCUUCAUCUACUCCACCAACAACAAGAGGCUGAAGAUGCUCGCCGUGCUCGGCGCCGAGGCGGCGUUCAUGGUGGCUGUGGUGGUCGGCGUGCUCCUCGGCGCCCACACCCACGAAAAGCGCUCCAUGAUCGUCGGCAUCCUCUGUGUCAUCUUUGGCUCCAUCAUGUAUGCCUCCCCGCUCACCAUCAUGGGUAAAGUGAUAAGGACCAAGAGCGUGGAGUACAUGCCAUUCUUCCUAUCGCUGGUGAACUUCCUCAACGGCUGCUGCUGGACAGCCUAUGCGCUCAUCAAGUUUGAUCUCUACGUGACGAUCCCCAAUGGCCUCGGUGCUUUUUUCGGCCUCAUCCAGCUGAUCCUCUACGCCUGCUACUACAAGUCGACGCCGAAGAAGGAGAAGAGCGUCGAGCUGCCCACUGCCGUCAACAACAACACUGGCGGCAGCGGCAACGUCUCCGUUACCGUCGAGAGAUAACUCGGCUUUGCAACAGUAGCAAGCCCACAGCCAGCGAUCAAAUCCGGCCCACCAAUGGCCGAGAUUUUAGCCCAAGACAUUUUGAACAGUUAAGACUUCCGGAUGAUGCUUCAACAAGUGUGGUGCUAGCUAGUACCAUUUGUUAAUGUUAGGUAGAGUCGUCUAAGUGUGCCUUUGUUUCGUGAACCAUUGUCGUCUGUCUAGUGCAAAACUGAUGGAACAAUGUAUACGUAGCUGAGUUGUCCCAGAUAGUGAAUGAGACCAGGCUUGUCACCUGCUCUCUCAAUCUCUACUCUGGUUGGCGCG